AGCGUUUAUUGUGAUAUCAGUUCACGAAAUAAUUAAAACUACUGUUAGACGCGGAGAGUAAUAAAAUUAAUUCAAGGUCAACUAGCAGCUACUUUCCAUGAAAGCUACAACUGUAUUCAUUAUUUUAAAUGAAAGAAGAAUACAUUUAAUAGAAUAUUAGUAUUCAACGUAUAUUACUGAAGAUUUCUACUAAUGUAUUUACAACAAAAGAAACUACAUGCACAGAAGGCAAAUACUAACCAGCUAAAAUCAGAAGCUCAAGGAGUUAUAAUGAAUCCUGUGGUGCCACCACUGCAGGUUAUUCGAAGACCAUUUAAAAUUCAAGGAAACGCUAAAUUUACAAGUAUCAAAAUGAGUGCUUCUGAAUUGAACGAACUAGUAAAUGAUGCCGAAAUACGUUUAACAAAUGAUGGAAAAGAUUUUAUUUUAGGUAUUUACACAAAAUAUUGGCAAUUGAAUAAUCUAAUGAAUAUAUUAAAUAUGUUAAAAAUUACAUUUUAGGGUAUGGUUGUUACGAAGAUAGUUUUGUUGUACUAGGAACCAAAGAGUUUUUACAAAAAUUGUGUUCCACCGACACAGUAUUUAUGAGCAGCUACAACAUUAAAUUGAAAUUCAAACCAUUCAACCAUUUAUUUACUUUACACUGCUUUAUAGAUGAAAAAAUAGUACCAAUGGUAUUUAUAAUUUAUUCUAAUAAUAUUAGUUUGCUUUUUAACAAUGUCAUAU